UACGCCACGACGGGCUGCUCUCUGACACUCCACCACACAGAAAAGCCAGGACACGAAAACAUCUGUGAGUAUCGGCCCUACUCCUGCCCGUGCCCUGGUUCCUCCUGUAAAUGGCAAGGAUCCUUGGAAGCCGUGAUGUCCCACCUCAUGCAUGCCCAUAAAAGCAUUACCACCCUUCAGGGAGAAGACAUCGUUUUUCUCGCCACAGACAUUAACCUUCCCGGGGCAGUGGACUGGGUGAUGAUGCAGUCGUGCUUCGGCCACCACUUCAUGCUGGUGCUGGAGAAACAGGAGAAGUACGAAGGCUAUCAGCAGUUCUUUGCCGUCGUGCUGCUCAUCGGCACCCGCAAGCAGGCGGAGAACUUUGCCUACGGGCUGGAGCUCAACGGCAACCGCCGCCGGCUGACCUCGCGCUCCAUUCACGACGGCGUGUCCGCGGCCAUCCGCAACAGCGACUGCCUCGCCUUCGACACGGCCAUCGCGCACCUCUUUGCUGACAACGGGAACCUCGGCAUCAACGUGACUAUUUCUACGUGUUGCCCGUGA